UUUCUUGUGGAACAAAUAAGUCUCUUCGAUUCUUUAAAGAUUUCUCAUUUUCCCCCAAUUCCUCUCUUCAGAAACCCUAAUUCUCUCUCUCAACCCUAGCAACAAUGACUCGUCUGAAGCGGCAGCACUUCCGGAACCCGAACCCUCCGGCUGUCCAUUCCGACAACGAGAUCAGAAACUCCGUCGUAGGUGGAGACAAUGCCAUGGACGGAGGUUCUGAACCACACUCUCCUGCUCGUUCUGUGUCCGAAUCUGACAUCGGAGGUACGCCGCAGUCUCCCAGCGUCUCGGGUUUCAUCAUCCAACCGAUUCAGCCGGUCAUCGCUGGCGAAAAUUCUCCCGACGAUCCGAAGAGAUCCUCGGCGAGGUCCGGUUCUAAUCGACCCAGUGAACAAUAUAAUGGAGAGUUGACGAUAAAGAAGAAGAAGGCGAAGAAAUCGUCGGCUUCGGCUUCGAUGGUGGCUCCGAAGCCAGUCGCUGGUGGAGAAGACGAGGAGAUGAAGAAGAGUUCGGGAGCGAUCCAACGGCUUUGGAGCAAGGAAGACGAGAUUGCGAUCUUGAAAGGAGUGAUUGAGUUCAGGGCCAAGACAGGAACCGAUCCGGGCACUGACGCGGCUGCAUUUUUAGACUUCAUCAAGGAUUCCAUCCAUGUGGGUGUGUCUACGAGUCAACUGAUGAGCAAAGUGAGGAAACUAAAGAGGAAGUUUCAUGACAUCUCGGAGAAAAGCGAAAAGGGCGAAGAUCUGGUUUUUAACAAGACUCACGAUUCAACAGCUUUUAAGCUGUCCAAGAAAAUUUGGGGUAAGACUGAAUCUAAUGAAGAAACUGUGAGGGUUGACGAUAGUAGGAAGAGAGCUAGGAAAUCUGAUUCAGUGGCGCCUGAGAAGCGAAGAGGUGUCUUUGACGAUCUAGCGGAUGCGGCUGGGGGGGGUGCUGCUGCUGAAGCCAACUUGAAUGCUGGAGUGUUAGAUGAUAGGACUGAUAUGGGUAUCGAGAAAGAGUAGUGUAACAGAAUGGAAAACGGCGGCAGCCAUGAACUAGUUGAUGAUGAGAUUGAAAUGGUCAUAGAAAAGGUUGAUGAUGGAAAAGAGAACAGUGACAACGGUGAAGCAAAGUCAAACCCUGAAGUGUUAGACGAUAGGAUCGGUAUGGCUAACGAGAAAGAGAACGGUGAAGCCAAGUCGAACCCUGAAGUGGUAGAUGGUAGAAUCGGAAUGGUUAUGGAUGAAGCUUUCAAAAAGUCGAACCCUGAAGUGGUAGAUGGUAGAAUUGAAAUGGUUAUGGAUAAAACUUGCCAUGAGAAUGGAGGAAGGGACGGUAUAUGGGGCCAAUAUCCCUACUUGCAGGAUGCAUUCGACACAGUAGUGGCAAAUGGGAUGGUGGGUGAACUUCAGAAGAGGUUGCUUAUGGGGAAAGUCGGAAUUUUCAAAGGAGGUAGGGGGAAUGAGUGGAAUGAUCUAUGGAAGGCCUACCGGUUCGAAGAGACGCGAUUGCAGGUGAAGAAGCACAAUCUGAUGGCUAAGUUCACCGAGGCAGUGUUGGAUGAAUUGAACAAGUGACCGUCGAGUUCUAGAGGUGUGCCUACUUUUUCCGAGUUUUAGACUUAUCUUUGUGAAGGAUAUGGUUAGAUCGAAGUAGCAUCUAUCUCUAGAGAAACCGUGUUUAAGGGUAUAUUAUCUUAUUGGAUGAUGAACAAAAUGUCAAAUUCCCACAAAAAAAAAAAAAAAGAGACGCUUUUGAGAAAAUGUCAAAUUUCAAA